AUGGCUCGUGACGGGGCGUUAACGGACGAGCCUCGAUAUCGAGAUGAUCCAUGGAUUGGGUCCGAUGAAAGACCACCGCCAAUCCGUGGACGAUGUGGCCGGGGGGCAUCUUACUCGAUAGGGGUCGACAUCCUGAUAUCGAGAAGAUCCACGCAUCGGAUCCAAAAAUGUUUGGGGAAUGAUGAUGAAGUGGACAAAGUAGGAGCCUCGAAUGAUGAGUACGAUGACAGCGGCGAAAUGGAAUCAGAGGGUACUGAUGGGGUUAACUCUGAAGUAUACGAAAGGAUGGAAGAAGAGACCGAUCCCGAAACUUAUAUUCUCACUGAAAUCGAUGCUCUCAUUUCUCGAUUCGAUCCUGCCUAUGAUCACGAUUGCCAUCCUAGACGAGGCGUUUGA